AUGGGAAACCACACAAGAGUGACAGUGUUUAUCCUGGCUGGUUUGACUGAUGACCCACAAAUGAAAAUUGUUUUAUUUAUCUUCCUACUUCUCACCUACUUGCUAAGCAUCACUGGCAACGUGAUCAUCAUCACACUCACCCUGGUGGAUCCUCAUCUCAAGACCCCCAUGUAUUUUUUCCUUCAGAAUUUCUCCUUCUUAGAAAUUUCCUAUACUACUACAUGUAUGCCUAAAUUGCUGGUUAUGAUGGCAACUGGGGACAAAACUAUUUCCUAUAAUGGAUGUGUUGCUCAAGUGUUUUUUGCCUUCCUUCUUGGAGCAUCUGAAUUUUACUUGCUGGCAGCCAUGUCCUAUGACCGCUAUGUUGCCAUCUGUAAGCCCCUGCAUUACACCACCAUCAUGAACAGUAAAACCUGCAUUCAGCUUCUCUUCUGUUGUUGGCUUGCUGGCUUCUUUACCAUCUUUGUACCUCUCCUCUUAGGUCUACAGCUUGAUUUCUGUGCCUCCAAUGUUGUUGAUCAUUUUUACUGUGACACAACUCCCCUUAUGCAGAUCUCCUGCUCAGACACACAGCUCAUUGAAACGAUGGGAUUCAUUUCUGCCUCAAUGACUCUUGUGGUCACCUUGGUAACGGUGAUCAUAUCAUAUAUGUACAUUGCAUUAACAAUUCUAAAAAUUCCUUCAACUCAUCAGAGGAAAAAAGCUUUUUCAACGUGUUCUUCUCACAUGAUUGUGAUAUCCCUUUCCUAUGGCAGCUGCAUCUUCAUGUAUGUUAAACCUUCAGUCAAACAAAGAAUAUCUUUUUCCAAGGGAAUUUCAGUGCUCAAUACCUCUGUUGCCCCACUUUUGAACCCUUUCAUUUAUACCUUAAGAAACCAACAAGUGAAGAAAGCCUUUAUGAGUAUGAUACACAGGAUUGUUUCUUUCUCAAAGAAAUUAGUAUGA